UAUUUCUAUCAAAAAAAUAAAUAAAUAACAAUUACGUCUCAAUCCCAAUUAUGGCUCGAGAAGAACAUCUUCUAUCGACGGAGAUUAUGAACCGAGGGAUAUCGGAUGAGGGAUCUCAAACGUUCUCCGUUAGGGUACGGAGACGUUUGCCGGAUUUCUUGCAAUCGGUGAACCUAAAAUAUGUGAAAUUAGGGUACCAUUACUUGAUAAAACAUGGGAUAUAUUUGGCCAUAUUACCAGUGUUGGUGCUGGUUUUCAGUGCUGAAGUUGGCAGCCUAAGUAGAGAGGAGCUGUGGAGGAAACUUUGGGAUAGCACAACACGUUAUGAUUUGGCUACGGUGUUAUCAUUUGUGGCACUCUUUGUCUUCACUCUCUCUCUUUACAUCAUGUCUAAGCCAAGACCUAUUUACCUUCUUGAUUUUGCAUGUUACAAGCCAAGUGAUGACCUUAAGGUAACAAAGGAACAAUUUAUCGAGUUAGUACGAAAUUCGGGCAAACUCGAUGAGUCGAGUCUAGAAUUUCAAAAAAGAAUUCUAGACUCCUCCGGAAUCGGGGACGAGACCUACGUCCCGAAAUCCAUCGGAUCGUCGGAAAAUACCGCCACCAUGAAAGAAGGACGAUCCGAGGCAUCAACGGUCAUGUUCGGAGCACUCGAUGAAUUAUUCGAGAAGACGAAAAUUCGUCCGAAAGACGUCGGAAUAUUGGUGGUGAAUUGCAGUAUUUUCAACCCCACACCAUCACUUUCAGCCAUGAUAAUAAAUCACUACAAAAUGAGGGGUAAUAUUCUUAGUUUUAAUUUAGGAGGAAUGGGUUGUAGCGCUGGAAUAAUAGCGUUAGAUUUGGCACGUGACAUGUUACAAGCUAACCCAAAUAAUUAUGCGAUAGUGGUUAGUGGUGAGAUGGUGGGAUUUAAUUGGUAUCAAGGUAAAGAGCGAUCCAUGCUUAUCCCGAAUUGCUUUUUCCGAAUGGGUUGCUCCGCCCUCCUCCUCUCUAAUCGUCGUCGCGACUACCACCGUGCUAAGUACAGCCUCGAACACAUCGUCAGGACACACAAAGCUUCCAAUGAUCGGGCAUUCAGGUGCAUUUACCAAGAAGAAGAUAGCCAACGUUACAAGGGGCUAAGGAUAAGCAAAGAUUUAGUAGAAGUUGGAGGAGAUGCAUUGAAGACCAAUAUUACUACAUUAGGCCCUUUGGUUCUACCUUUAUCAGAACAACUAUUCUUCUUUGGAAACUUAGUUUGGAGGCACUUAUUUGGCAAUAAAAAUGCCAAAGGAAAUAAUAAUAGUAAUAAUAACAACAAUUCCCAGGUGGCCAAUAAUAUUAAGCCCUAUAUUCCAGACUACAAGCUUGCCUUCGAGCACUUUUGUGUGUAUGCAGCCAGUAAAACUGUUCUUGAUGAGCUUCAAAGGAACUUAGAGUUAAGUGAGGAGAAUAUGGAAGCUUCUCGCGCCACACUCCAUCGAUUUGGUAACACGUCUAGUAGUAGCAUUUGGUACGAAUUGGCUUAUUUGGAGGCUAAGGAGAAAAUCAGAAGAGGCGAUCGUGUGUGGCAAAUUGCUUUCGGAUCGGGUUUGAAGUGUAACAGUGCUGUUUGGAAAGCCAUUCGCCGUGUUAAGAAGCCUUCAACGAAUCCUUGGCUUGGUUGCGUUGAUAGGUAUCCAGAGUCUUUCACACAAUAAGCGUGAUCAGUUCAAUUUCAUGGAAGAUGAAUGACUAUAAAUGUAUAGUCGAGAUCUAUAAUAUUUGUUUUUAUAAUUAAGUUAAGAUGAUGUAUGGAAAUUAAGGUACUUAUUUGAUUAGAAUCUUGACAUCGAUCGAUCCUAUGUAUUGCCAAUGAAUUAAGUGUUCCAAGUUUGACAAACAUAUAUAGGUCCCUUCUUUAAUUUCUUAUUGUCAACAAUUUGUGAAAUAAAUGUAUUGUGAACCUUUUACAUUGGUGAUGAGCAAAUAUUUUACUGCAUUA